UCCAUUUUCUUCUUCUUCUGUAUAUUCCGUCGUUUCAUUCUCCAGAAAGCUUUGAACUCAAAAUUGGAAAUCUACAGUGGAAACAGCGAAGAGGAUCGAAACGUAGAAAAUGAGCAGCAUUGGAACUGGUUAUGACCUAUCGGUGACGACAUUCUCGCCGGACGGAAGAGUUUUUCAGAUCGAGUACGCCGGAAAAGCUGUUGAUAAUAGUGGUACUGUUGUUGGAAUCAAGUGCAAGGAUGGAAUCGUAUUGGGAGUUGAGAAGCUGAUUGCGUCGAAAAUGAUGUUGCCGGGAUCUAAUCGUCGGAUUCACUCUGUUCAUCGUCAUUCUGGCAUGGCUGUUGCAGGGCUGGCUGCUGAUGGGAGGCAAAUUGUUGCCCGUGCAAAGUCUGAAGCAACCAGCUUUGAAAGUGUAUAUGGUGAACCGAUUCCAGUGAAAGAACUUGCAGAACGUGUUGCUAGUUAUGUACAUUUAUGCACACUUUACUGGUGGCUCAGGCCUUUCGGAUCUGGGGUAAUCCUUGGAGGCUAUGAUAGAGAUGGACCUCAACUCUAUAUGGUUGAGCCAUCCGGUGUCUCCUAUAGGUACUUCGGUGCUGCUAUUGGGAAGGGCAGACAGGCUGCUAAAACUGAAAUUGAGAAGUUGAAGCUCUCUGAAAUGACGUGUCGGCAAGGGGUUAUUGAGGUAGCCAAAAUAAUUUACGGAGUUCAUGAUGAGGCAAAGGACAAGGCAUUUGAACUGGAAAUGAGUUGGGUGUGUGAUGAGUCUAACCGGCAGCACCAGAAGGUUCCCGCUGAUCUGUUAGAGGAAGCCAAGGAUGCAGCUAAAGCUGCACUUGAAGAGAUGGACGCAGACUAGUGGCGCAAAUACAACUCUGCUCUCUCUAUUUACUACUUUUAUCAACUGAAUCAAAUAGUCUGCUCUGGCUCUGUCCUGUUUGGAAUUUGGCACCUGUAUGACAAUUGUUUUUAGUGAUGAAAGAGAUCUGAUAUUGUUUUCACUGUUGACUGUAAUCUGUACGCGUAAAUUUCGUAGAUCAAGAGGAUAGGUUGCUUUCUUAUAUGGGGAAUUCUCGGUAUUUAGCAAUAUUUAUGGCUGCUGUUUUUUUACUCAA